UUUUUUUUUUUUUUUGUAUGAGUUCGGCAGAAUCCGAAGUAUCUUGCCCCACACCACCGGGGUUAUCCACUGGUGGAUUCGACCCAGGAAUUGAUUGGUCGUACGUAAAGUCUGACCCGACAGCCAAUUGGCAUGUCAUCGGCUGGCUUGUCUGUUUAUUAUUCAUCUUUAUCAACUGGGUUGUAUCCCUUACCGUCGUGGUCAAACACUUGAGGAAUUACUAUGAACCUCAAAUACAACGUCAUAAAUUACGGGUAUUACUGUUUCCUCCUGUCUAUGCCACACUUGCUUGGUUUGCCUAUUUAAGAUUUGACUAUUCAACCACCAUCAUGUUUUUUGCCGUUGUGUUUGAAGCAUUUGCUGUAUUUAACCUGUUCGAAACUUUACAAGCUUAUCUUGCUCCUUUUCGUGUCGAGGCGGCUGAUAUGAAGGAACCCAUCGAUACCAAAGUCAUGUUUAUCUUUAAACUUCACUUACCCUCCAAAUGGGGUAUGCACUAUCGUAUUAUCACCGAUAUACUUGUUUAUCAAUAUCCUAUCUGGUCACUUUUAGAUUCAUUCAUGUCCAUCUUUGCCGAAUUAAAGGGACGCUAUUGUGAAGGCGCCUAUAGUUUUAAAGGGGCCUACGUGUAUUUAACCAUUAUUAAUUUCACCUCACUUUCCAUCAUUCUGACAGCCUUAUUUACCUACCUCGAUGUUUUCCAUCGUGAAUGGCUUCGAGGCCAUGUCAAAGCACACGGCAUGUUCUGGUGUGUCAAGGGACCGAUCAUGAUCAAUUUCUAUUUCGGUGAAAUCCUCUUGAGUAUUCUCUCGACCAAGGGCGUGAUUAAAGGAACCGAUGGCUCCCAUGGCAGUAUCGCUUGGAGCGUGGAUGCUGUGAAAAACGGUAUCUCCACCAUCAUUAUCUGUGUCGUCAUGAUGGUGGAUAGUUUUAUGAUGUUGCGUUUCUUUGGUCCCGCUGAUAAUAUUCAAAGUGCAGCAAAGACGGGUCAGACCAAGAAAAUGUCUGCCUGGGGUGCAUUUGUAGAUGGUUAUUUAGCGUAUAUUCCCGAAUUCAUUCAUACUUUCCUGUGCUGUGGAUUUGAUUCUUAUCGGUUAAUGAAGAAACGUAGAGCAUUAAGGAAGAAGAAGAAGAUGGCUGCUAUUCAUGGUCCUAACCCCACAGAUCAUCUCAUUGAUGAUAAUGUGCCUGAAAACACCACGGUCAAUAAUAAUGCCUAUAAUUUAAGUGAAAUGGGUGAAAAUGGCUUGAAUUUAACUCAAAAACCCAUAUACCAUUCACAAUCUGAAUAUUCUCCACCUGAUUAUUCAAACCAACCAACAAGAGCACCCAAUCCUUUUCAUGGAGGAAGUUCUUAAGUUUAAAAUAAAACCUUUUCUCUUUUUUGAAAUGAUAUAC